UAGAGAGGGAGGAGGGAGGAAGAGAGAGGAGGAAGAGGAGCGAUGGAUGGGGAGUGUAGUGUGGACUGUGUGUGUGUGUUUUCUGUGUAGCGGGUUUGUAUCGUAGCUGUGUGUUUAGAUGUGUGUGAUUGGUGGUGAUUUGUGGCCCACAGCAAUAUGACCUAGCUCCUGUUUAUACUGGGGUAAGCCAUUCAUUUCCUAUAGCCGCCUAUGCAGCCUGUCUUUGGACUUGCACUAAUCUGAACAGCAGGGAGGAGGACGGGCAUCAGUGGAGUAUGAUGUGAAGAUCUGCUACCCCGACCUCAGCGUUUUAUUUGCCCUCCUGAAGUGGAUGGUGAAGGACGUUCCUCCCUCGGGCCCUUUCUUUCCUAUAUCUAUGCAGAAAUGGCGCAGCUGUUGUUUCUUUUAAUUUUCAACAUGCUUCCCACUCUUGUUGCAUCCAUACAUAAUUCAACAACCGGAGGCUGUGCCAUCAUUCGCCCCCCUAGGGAUGGCGGGAUCCGGUACAGAGGACUGACUCAGGAGCAGAUCCGCAGUGUGCAGAUUUUGCCUGUAGACUACGAGAUCGAGUACAUCUGUCGGGGCAGCAGGGUGAUUGUGGGCCCAAAGGUCCGCAAGUGUCUCUCGAACGGCACCUGGACCGAUCUGGACCUGCAGAGCCGAUGCUUGCUGCUGUGUCCACGAGUCUGGACGUCUUUGGAGAAUGGUAGAGUGGCGGUGCUGCCCCCUGGACCUCCAGUGGAGGGCACUAUACUGCAUUAUACCUGUCAUGCUGGAUUCCUGCUGGAGGGCAGAAACAUCUCCCAUUGCACCAAACUCGGCAAAUGGGACUCACCCAAACCACUGUGUGUCUAUGACAGGAAUUAUACAGGAAAAAAGAAGCUGUACAUCGGCGCCCUGUUCCCGAUGAGUGGCGGCUGGCCAGGUGGACAAGCGUGCCUGCCCUCUGCUCAGAUGGCCCUGGACCUCGUCAACAACCGGAGCGACAUCUUACCAGACUACGAACUGGAGCUCAUACAUUACGACAGUAUGUGUGACCCAGGGGAAGCCACUAAGCUCCUGUAUGACCUCCUCUAUACCGAGCCAAUAAAGAUCGUGCUGAUGCCAGGCUGCAGCUCUGUGUCUACACUAGUGGCAGAAGCAGCUCGCAUGUGGAACCUCAUAGUGUUCUCUUACGGCUCAAGCUCCCCGGCUCUGUCCAACCGCCAGCGUUUCCCCACCUUCUUCCGCACACACCCCUCUGCAACGCUGCACAACCCCACCCGUGUGCGGCUCUUCCAGAAGUGGAAUUGGUCCAAGAUCGCCACCAUCCAGCAGACCACAGAAGUCUUCACUUCGACGCUGGAUGAUUUGGAGCAGAGGGUGAAGGAGGCUCAAAUAGAGAUAAGCGUGAGACAGAGUUUCCUCACUGAUCCCGCCGUGGCUGUCAAGAACCUGAAGCGUCAAGAUGCGAGGAUCAUCGUAGGCCUCUUCUAUGAGACUGAAGCAAGGAAAGUCUUUUGUGAGGUCUACAAGGAGAAACUCUUUGGGAAAAAGUAUGUGUGGUUCCUCAUUGGGUGGUAUGCAGACAACUGGUUCAAAAUCAAAGACCCAGCCAUUAACUGCACUGUGGAGCAGAUGACGGAGGCUGUGGAGGGACACGUCACCACAGAGAUCGUCAUGCUGAACCCUGAGACUGUUCGAGGAGCCUCCAACCUGACAUCCCAAGAAUUCAUAGCACAACUUAUGUCCCGUCUUGGAGGGAAGAAUCCUGAAGAGACCGGAGGGUUCCAGGAGGCUCCUCUGGCCUAUGAUGCUGUGUGGGCCCUUGCUUUGGCCCUCAACAAGACUGUUGCACCUUUGCGGGCUAAAGGCAGAAGACUGGAGGACUUUAACUACAACAACAAGGACAUCACUGCUGAGAUAUAUCGAGCUCUUAAUACCAGCUCGUUUGAAGGAGUGUCGGGUCAUGUAGUCUUUGAUGCCCAGGGUUCCAGAAUGGCUUGGACGCUCAUAGAGCAACUGCAAGGAGGCAGUUACAAGAAGAUUGGAUACUAUGACAGCUCAAAAGGCAAUCUUUCCUGGUACGGAAAUGACAAGUGGAUAGGCGCUGGCCCUCCUGCGGAUCAGACGAUGGUGAUUGACCAGUAUCGCUAUCUUUCCCAGAAACUCUUUGUUUCUGUGUCUGUCUUUGCGGGCCUGGGAAUUCUACUGGGCAUCGUGUGUCUCACCUUCAAUAUCUACAAUAGUAAUGUUCGGUACAUCCAGAACUCUCAGCCGUACUUGAAUAACAUUACAGCCGUAGGGUGUGUGCUUGCUCUGGCAGCUGUCUUUCCACUGGGCAUAGAUGGCCAUCAUGUGCACAGAUCACAGUUUCCUGUGGUUUGUCAGUUUCGCCUGUGGCUUCUGGGACUGGGUUUCAGCCUGGCUUAUGGCAGCAUGUUCACUAAAAUUUGGUGGGUUCACACCGUCUUCACCAAGAAAGAUGAGAAGAAAGAGAAGAGGAAGCACUUGGAUCCUUGGAAACUCUAUGCAACUGUCGGUGGGUUACUGGCUAUUGACGUCCUGUCUUUAAUGAUCUGGCAAAUUAUUGACCCCUUGCACGUUACAGUCGAGCAGUUCACUAAAGAAGCUCCUAAAGCAGACCUAGAUGUGUUGAUUCAGCCGCUGCUGGAACACUGCAGCUCUAAGAAGAUGAACACAUGGCUCGGUGUGGUGUUUGGCUACAAGGGCCUUCUCCUUCUACUGGGGAUCUUCCUGGCAUAUGAGACCAAGUCCAUCUCCACCGAGAAGAUUAAUGACCACCGUGCCGUAGGAAUGGCCAUCUACAACGUAGCUGUGCUGUGUUUGAUCACCGCUCCAGUGACUAUGAUUUUAUCUUCCCAGCAGGACGCCUCUUUUGCCUUUGCCUCACUGGCCAUCGUUUUCUCUGUCUAUAUCACCCUGGUGGUGCUCUUUGUGCCCAAGAUGCGGCGUUUGAUCACACGUGGGGAGUGGCAGUCCGAACAGCAGGACACUUUAAAGACCGGCUCUUCUACCAACAACAACGAUGAAGAGAAAUCACGGCAGCUUGAGCGCGAGAACCGAGAACUCCAGAAGAUCAUUCAAGAGAAAGAGGAAAGAGUGACAGAGCUGAGGAGUCAACUGGCAGAGCGACAGGCUCUUCGUUCAAGGAGGCAUCAGUCCAGUCAGAACCAGAACCAGAACCACAGCGCCCCCUCGCCACCUUCGUCUCAGGCCGAGCCGCCCAGCUACUCACCAGGCACUGAGCAGCACUCGCUGCCCCCUUCCUUCUCCAACUCCUCCAACCUGUACCAGGGAGAGGGCAAGCUGAGCCGGAACCACUGCCACAACAGCCGCCUGCCUCUGCUCUACAAGUGAGCCUGACAGGACUGACACUAAACGAGUUGUCUGAAGAGAAGGUACGGUUAACGGUACGAAGUGCAAAAACAGCAGCUUUCUUACUUCAGGCAUGCUGACUCUCUGACUUUUCUCUUUAUUAACCUCUGUUAGUUCCCACCAACGUUUUCCUGUCUCCUGUCAUGGCAUGUUAUAUGUCACCCACUGUAUCAAUAUUACUACUGCUGUGCAUCAUCUAAUCUAAUAUCGUCCCUAGUUGUAAAACUUAUCCAGGUGUGCUUUGCUACUGUUGUCACACCAACGCAAGUAAAGGAAGCACUAAUGCUAUAUUAGCCUUUAGCAGAGCACUAAAGUCAAACAGUAUAGCGAAACUCACUUCGUCUUGCAUCAGGACAAGGUAGUAUUGAGUUAAAGCAUCCUGUGAUUAUGCUGGGUUGCAAUAAUAAAUUGCUGUGUGUGUGUGUGUGUAUAUAUAUAGCUUUGGAAAAAAUAAGAGACCACUUCAGUUGCGACAAAGUUUCUCCCAAAUUUCAAAUAAAAAUAUUGUCAUUUAAAGCAUUUAUUUGCAGAAAAUGAGUUCAGAAAUCGAUAUUUAGUGGAAUAACCCUGAUUUUUAGUCACAGAUUUUAAUGGCAUGUUCUCCUCCACCAGUUUUACACUGCUUUUGGAUAACUUUAUGCCGCUCCUGGUGCAAAAAUUCAAGCUUGGUUUGAUGUCUAGAUUAGCCAUGUUCUUCUUAUAUUCCAGAGGUUUUCAAUUUGGUAAAAUAAAAAAAAAAACUCUUAUUUUUUCCAGAGCUGUAUAUCAAGGUCGCGCAAAAAUCUUAUAUCAAAAAAACAGCAAGGAACAGAAAACAAUCGUUUAAGAUCAUUUGGGUCAUUUUGGAGCACUCCUAUUAGUCAGUUCAUCGUAAAUUUUAAAAACUACUGGCAACAGGGUGCAUCAUGUACUUAAGUCAUUUUUUUUAAUAAGUAAAAGUAUAAAAGUGUAUUUGGUGUUUUUUUUUGUUACAGGUGUUAUCAUAGUUUAGUUAUCAUAUAUUAUCAUCUACUCCAAAUAAAGUAGAAGGAAAAAUUAUUAAGUAGCAGAAAUACUCAAGGGAAGUAUAGAUACUUCCAAAAUCUGCUGAAAUUCAGGAAUGUAGUACUUGCCACGGCUGACAUUCUAUUUAAGAAAGAAAGUGAAUAUUGCCAUAAAUGGAGGUAAAAGGUUGUUGCGUGACAUUAUUACACAGAUUAUACAUAUAGAUUUGAGGAAGUGAGAGAUAUGAGGAAGCCCAGAACCAAAGGUCACUCUCGCCUCCCUCCCCAACAUGAUAUCUUUUCAUGGGGAAACCCUUAUAAAGACAGAAUCCCUCUCUGAGGGUAGUCCCUGAUUGUUUUUGAAGAAGUUCACAUUUUCAUUAUUAGAAUACAAGGGGGGGGGGGGGGGGGGGGUCAUGUGAUCAGUGAAAAAAAAAACACACAGCUGUAAUUUGCCUCAUGCUGUAGAGCCGUGUUUCCCUAUGCUGGCCCUGGAGACAAACUGCUCUGCACAAUUUGGUGGUUUCCCUGCUCUGAUAUACUAAAUGCAGUCCUGAAAGCACUUGUCAAUUAACCCUUUAUCAGAAUCCCAAUCCAGUGGGCAGGUUUAAAAAAAAAAACACACACUUUACAUGUAAACUAAUAAUAAAAAAAUAAAAAAUAGAUACACUCUUGCAAAAUAAAAUAUUGUAUUGAUAUUCUCUUGCACACCUACUAGAGAAUAAAGCAGUAGAAAAUUUGUAAUUUUACAGGAGAGGGAAAAAACUGGAUAAUGUUUUAAUGGAAGUCAAUAUAAAUCAGUUUUAUUAUAAUAAUUUUGGAGUGUUCCUGUUGGUCCAUUCAUCAUAAUGAUUUUUGAUAGAAUGUAAAGAACAACUGCCAGAUUAAUACUACAUUACAAAAACGACAAAAAUAGAAAUACAAGGUUUUUGAGUGACAGUGACAAAUUUGUGAUAUUGGCUGUAUCCUCCAGCAGAACAGUAGUUUCCUCCAGAACCAGUGUUUAUCUAAAGCGUCCAUUUUUUUUCUAGCAUGGGGGGGUGUCGUCAGUGCAAUAUUCUAAUGAUUGAGAAAAAUCAGGUGGUGUGGUUGAAACUGUUGUAUGCCCUUAAUUGAGUACACACGCACACACACGCACACACGCGCUCGCACACACACACACACACACACACACAGACUGUACUGCUGGUUCUUCACACUUGAUCCAAACAAGUCUUCCUGCAAAUGUCUGAUCCCUACCCACAAACCCUGUUCACAUUAGAAGAGGAGAAGUGGACUGAGCAGACCUGAGACUGAUUCAGGUUUAUUUCUAUCUGGGUCAGUGUUUUAAUCACUGAAAGCACAGAUUUCACCAGUGUGUGCACACUGCCCUGUUCUUUCGUCACUUCCUGCCAGUGCUCCAGUGACUAGCCCAUUAUGUUUUUUAACCUUAACGCACAUGUCAACAUUUGGAUUACAAUGAUACGGAAUUUAUACUUUCUUUUUUCCUUUCUUUCUUUCUUUCUUUCUUUCUUUCUUUCUUUUCAUAAUUUGAGGCAUAUGGUAAAAAUGGGACAGUUUCUUUUACAAGGUUUAUUAUGUUUUUGCAGUUUUUAGCUGUGAAUCCAUAAAAUCAAAAGUACUUCAUAUCCUCAUAUUUAUAUUACAGAAGCGAAUCCAUAAUGGCAAGAAAAAACUACCAAUCUAUCUUCUUCUGUCUUUCUUUCUCACAGCUUUCUAUCUGUGCACAUGAAUUUUACUUUUUUUUUUUUACUUCUUUUUGGAACCAGUAUGUUAUUUUCAACCUGUGUUUAAUUAUUUUUUUACUUUUUUAAUCUUUUAAACCUCUAAAGGGUUUUAAUUUGCAAUAUUGAAAUACAUGUGUCUAUUGGAAGGAUAAGAAAUCUAAAAUACUUACAGACAACGGACUGUUUAGACACUUGCUUCCUCUGCGAAAUAUCACCAGUAGCUCUGGCUGAGAGAGUGUUUGAUAUUAUUUAAUAAUUUGAUGUUUAAGGGAUUUAUCCAAAAACUAUAUAUUUCUUUCUUUUUUAUUCCCUCUAACCUAUAUCAGAAGUCACAGUGUAACAGUAUAAUAUAUGUAUAUGAUGUUAAUAAAAGGUGAAAACACAGUGCACAACUAAAGGCAAAUCUCUUUGUAGGUCUAGCACAACAGAUUUUAGCCUUUUUAUCCUUUUGAUUGAACUGUGCACUUUUCAGAUGAUUCAGAGACAGUGUGUAUCUAGUCUUUUUACAUAAUAGUAUCAUUAAAUAUAAUGGAAAAAAAAAUUAAAUGAUCCAUGAUAUAUCUCAGUUUAUCAGUUUGGGUGGCAUUGCAUUUUGUAUUCAAAGACAAUCAUUAUGAAUACUAAAGCGACUGAUGUGCAAUAUUUCAGUCAUAUGCUUGUUUUACAUGACAGGACAAUAAGACACACUGAACGUUGUGUUUGAAGAAAAUCUCAUCAUCACAAUUAUUUAUUUACGCUUUAAAAACUGAUAAAUUGUGACAUUACAUGAUUGUGUUCUCGAAAGCUUGUUCAGAAAAUGCAAGAAGUAGGUUUGUUUAGUUGCUUAGCUGAACCUAUUUAUAAUAAACAGAGCACUACCUACUCUGCGUUCCUACAGCAUGUAAGCAUUAUAUUCAGUAAAUUAGCUCAGGGUAUGUAAUUAUAAUAUCACUUUCUAUUAAAGAAAUGUUUAUUUAUCAGAUAUGUGCACUGUACUACAACCCAUUCCACCCUUAAACCAAUAAUCAAGUUCCUAUGUCAUUUUUAAAAAUGUAUUUGUAAUUAAUAUAUGUAUUGUAAAUAUACUAUGAAAGUAAUCUUUAUGCAAACUCUAUGGAUGUCAUGGUUCAAUAAAACUCAUUAUUUUGCACUAACCUUAAAAGUUGUGUAGCAGACUUUGAAAAAAAAAGAUUAAAUGUUUUACUAGAUGGCUGAUUAUAGGUA